AGUACACAAUGUGUGAUGUUGUUUCAGAUCAGCGGGGAGAAGGUCCUGUACACUUGUGCCUUGCGCCCCACUGGUAUCUAUGGGGAGAACCACCAGGUGAUGAAGGAUUUCUACAAAAGGGGCAUGAAGACUGGGAGCUGGAUAUUGCGUGCCAUUACCAACAACAUUGAACAGGGCCGUGUCUAUGCAGGGAAUGUAGCCUGGAUGCACCUGCUGGCCUGCAGGUCCCUUCAGGAGCGCCCCCUACUGCUGGGAGGGCAGGUGUACUUCUGCUAUGACGAGUCUCCUUACAAGAGUUUUGUGGACUUCAACAUGCAGUUCCUGUCGGGUUUCGGCUUCCGCGAGGUGCGCAUCCCCAUGUGGCUUCUGUGGGCCGCGGCCAUGACCAACGACCUGCUGCACACGCUGCUCAGGCCGCUGUGCAACUACUCGCCCCAGCUGAACCGCUACACGCUGGCCGUGGCCAGCACCACCUUCACCGUGAGCACCGACAAGGCCCGCCGCCACUUCGGCUACCAGCCCCUGUACUCCUGGGAGGAGAGCCGGUGCCGCACGCUGGCCUGGGUGCAGACCUUCCGGGAGUGAGCGUGGGGGCGCCGAUCCGAGCGGAUCAGUGGCGCCGCAGGGACGGGGAGGGGGGAGAGACAACAGAGAGUCCCAUGUUGGCAGUGACUCUGUAUCAGACACACCCCCACGAUGGGAGUGGCUCUGUAUCAGGCACGCCCCCGUGGUGGGAGUGGCUCUGUAUCGGACACACCCCCACGAUGGGAGUGGCUCUGUAUCAGACACGCCCCCAUGGUGGGGGGGCGUUUCUGUUUCGGACACACCCACAAGGGAGGAGUGACACUGUCCUGGACACACCCAAAGUUAGAGUGAUCCACCCAAGGAAGAGCGUCUGCACGGUGGGCACACGAGCUGGUCUCCUACAACAAGUGUCCCAGGUCACCUUGGUGGACUUCCCCCUACUGGUCCACUGACAAUUGUAGCAGCAGUUUCGUCUUCGUUUAAGUCCUGUUGAGCUCCUGAGAUCUGACUACAUCAGGGUGCAGGGUGGCAACUCUACUGUCUGUGUGAAUCAGAAACAGUUUUUUUUUUUGUUUUACACUCAAUAAACAUGUGGUUUUAAAA